AUGAGGGCGAAGAACGGACCCGGCAGCUGGCUGGCCCUUACAGCCAUUGCCACAUCUUUGAACACCCUCGCUCUCGCCGCAGCAAAGACAAUUAACCACUCCUACGAAUUCAACCCCGUCGUCGUCUCGGGUGGCGGCUAUAUCACAGGCAUAAUCGCCCACCCCACGGAAAAGAACCUGCUCUACGCGCGCACAGACAUCGGGGGAACAUAUCGGUGGAAUGCGGACGAGGACAAAUGGAUCCCGUUAAACGAUUUCAUCAGUGGCGCGGACGAGAACUUACUCGGGACGGAGAGUGUUGCCCUGGACCCCAAUGAUCCGGAUCGGCUCUACCUGGCGCAGGGACGGUAUCUAAAUUCAGAGAAUUCCGCCUUCUUUGUCUCGCAAGAUAGAGGGGCGACAUUCGAUGUUUACCCGGCGCCGUUUAAGAUGGGUGCCAAUGAGCUGGGGCGGAAUAAUGGGGAGAGACUAGCUGUGAACCCGUUUAAGACGGACGAGCUCUGGAUGGGGACUAGGGAUGCGGGCUUGAUGGUGAGUGAGGAUGGGGCGCAAACUUGGAGAAAUGUGAGCGGGUUCCCUCAGGCGAAUGCGAACGGAAUUGGGAUCUACUGGGUGAUAUUUGACCCCAGGAGCGAGGGGACGGUCUAUGUUGGCGUCGGCGUGCCUGGGGGGAUCUAUGUUACGAGGGACUCUGGAGAGAGUUGGGAGGCUGUACCUGGACAGCCAGUAGAGUGGGAUGAGGAUAUCCUGGUCUUUCCAGCUGAAUCGCAGCCGCAGAGCACUGGACCACAGCCGAUGAAAGGUGUUUUAGCAGAAAAUGGCGCAUUGUAUGUGACCUAUGCCGAUGCACCUGGUCCGUAUGGUGUGACAUAUGGCGGAGUGUAUGUCUACAACACGACUUCAUCUGCGUGGACCAAUAUCACGCCGAAAACUAACAACUCGUUUCCGGCGCCAUUCGACAACCAGACUUUCCCGGCGGGAGGAUUCUGUGGGAUCAGUGUAGAUUCAAAAAAUCCGGAAAGGCUUGUGGUGGUAUCCCUCGAUCGCGAUCCCGGUCCGGCUCUGGACAGUAUGUACCUCUCGCACGACGGUGGGAAGUCCUGGAAAGAUGUGUCUCAGCUUUCGACACCAUCUGGCUCAGGCGGGUACUGGGGCCAUCCGAUUGAGGAAGCUGCGUUCAAAGAUGGUACCGCUGUUCCCUGGCUCAGCUUCAACUGGGGCCCUCAAUGGGGCGGUUACGGUGCCCCUUCUCCCGUUCGUGGGCUGACAAAGUUUGGAUGGUGGAUGACGGCAGUUGUUAUCGACCCGAGUGACUCUGACCAUGUUCUUUAUGGCACCGGAGCGACUAUCUGGGCAACUGACAACUUGUCCAAGGUCGACAAGAACCAGUCCCCUGGCUGGUACAUUCAAGCUCAAGGCAUUGAAGAAUCGGUUGCUUUAGCCUUAGCAAGCCCGAACGGCGGCGAUUCGCACCUUCUCACCGGUCUGGGUGAUAUCAACGGAUACCGGUAUGGAGAUCUCGACGUUCCGCAGCCAAUGUUCGACUUACCGGUGUUGUCAAACUUGAAUGCUCUCGACUGGGCUGGUCAGAAGCCGGAAAUUAUCAUCCGUGCCGGCCCUUGCGGACACAACUAUACUGACGGCUGCGGACUCGCGGCGUAUUCCGCGGACGGUGGCAGUUCGUGGACCAAGUUCGCAACCUGCAUUCCUGGCAUAAACACAAGCUCCUCGAAUCCCGGGGUCAUUGCGAUCGAUGCUUCAGGCAAGGAUAUCGUGUGGUCGUCGGCAAUGACAGCGUAUUGGCCGACUCUGCAGGCUAUCACCCCUCGUACGAACCAAUCCGGUCCAUACGUCACCACUGACUUAGGACAGACUUGGGUGUCUCCAACUGGCUUGAAUGUGCAGACUCCCAACAUUAGCGCUGACAGAGUCCAGCCACGAACAUUUUACUCCUUCACUGAUGGAACAUGGUAUCUGAGCAGGGAUGGCGGCCUCUCCUACCGCGCCUACAAAGCUAAAGAGGUCGGGCUGCCAGCAUACUCGGGAGCGCUGCCAAUUGCGAAUUUCAACAGAGCAGGCGAGAUAUGGCUGGGCCUGGGGGAUCAUGGAAUCUACCAUACCCGCAAUUUUGGCAAGAAAUGGACAAAGAUCACUGGACGCGGAGUGACAGCAAGACAGCUAACAAUUGGUGCCGGAGCGCGUCGCUCAUCGGAACCAACACUCUUCAUUGUUGGAAAAGCCGCGAGCCAUGGUGCUCUCAGUAAAGACGGAGUAUACCGAUCAGACGAUAAUGGUAAGACUUGGGUGCGAGUCAAUGACGAGAAGCAUCAGUACGGUGGAAUUGCAAUGAUACAAGGCGAUCCGCGCGUGUACGGACGUGUCUAUCUGGGUACCGGCGGUCGCGGUAUUAUCUAUGCCGAUAUCAAGGAAUAA